AUUUUCUGCAGCUCAAGUCGUUCUAGAAUUUUUCGUCUGAUUUUACGUAUACUGACAAUAAAAUAAAAUAACAUGGCAGAAUUAGGUGCAGGUGAGGGUUGUAAAGUAACUGCAACUUCGGCAAACUUAAUUCCAAGCCCGUUGAUUACGAAAAGAAACCGAACACCAUCGACAUGUGAAAAAAUUAUCAAACAUAAAACUUUAUAUGGAAGUAUAAAGUCGUUUUGCCGCGAAAAGGGUCAUGGCUUUAUAACACCUGAAGAUGGAUCUGAAGUUUUAUUUUGCCAUGUUUCAGAUUUUGAAGAUGAAUAUGUUCCAUUGCCAGGUGACAGGGUAAAAUACCAAUUGUGUCCUUUGCCACCAAAAUUUGAAAAAUUCCAAGCCGUUCAUGUGCACAUUAUCAACCUAAAGCCGGAAAUUCACAAAAGAUGGGAAAACUGAAAAUUAAACAUUUAACAUUUUUGGUUUAAUUUACUUUUAAUAAUCUUGGGAUAUUUUUAUGUUUUAACUAGAUUUACAAAGACUGCAUUUUUCUUAUCGCCAAUUUACAGUAUUCUUUAAUUAUCUACAAGUAGACUA